CACCCUUCAGCAAUCUUUUUCCUAGACAAGAUAUAUCCGUUAAUCCAGUGAAGGCAAUCCAUUCUAGAAAGUCCGUGACGAACCCCUCUACAACAAUGGCCUCAUCAGCCGCAAUGCCUAGAGCCCGGCUCCGUGAUGUCGUCCCAGGCGUUCAUCUCGGGACCUGGAAGCCUGGACCAAAGAAUGGCAUUACUGAUGUCCCAGGCGUCCUCGCCCAUACUACCACGAUUCGCGGAGGCGGUGGCUCGAUUAACACUGGCGUCACUACUAUUCUCCCACGCAAGGAAUGGUUCCACAAGGCAUGCCACGCCGGCCUCUUCCGCUUUAAUGGCUCUGGAGAGAUGACUGGUAGCCACUGGAUCGAAGAAACCGGCUUGUUGCACUCACCCAUCAUCAUCACCAACAGCUUUUCCGUGGGUCCAUGUUACACCGGCAUCUACCAAUACGCCAUUCAAAAUUACGGAAAAGGCGAGGAGGGAAUCAAUUGGUUCCUCCUACCCGUCGUAGCUGAGACAUUCGACGGGCACCUCAAUGAUCUACGGCAAUUCGCCGUCACGCCUAAGCACGUCGUUGAAGGCAUGACAAAGGCAUCGUCGGACCCGGUCCCAGAGGGGAAUGUAGGCGGAGGAACAGGAAUGCUGUGUCAAGGGUUCAAGGGAGGCACGGGAACCAGCAGCCGACUUGUUCCCACGGAUGAUGGUGAUGGUGCCGGUUCCUAUACCGUCGGAGUCCUCGUGCAAGCCAACUAUGGGCGUAUGAAGCACCUGCGAAUCUCCGGCGUUCCGGUCGGCCGAAUUCUUGCAGAGCAGGCUGAAAAGGAUGCGGCAACAGCUGCUCAGAAGGCGGAGUAUGAGGCUGCAAAGGACAGCAAAGACGGGUCCAUCAUCGUCAUCGUCGCCACAGAUGCGCCUCUGCAUCCGUUGCAGCUUCAGCGACUCGCCAAGCGCGCCACAGUUGGCAUCGCCCGCGUGGGAGGGUACGGCCACAACCCAUCGGGCGACGUGUUUCUGGCUUUCUCUACCGGCAAUGAAAUCCCAGUGCAAGCCAAGACAGGACAAGGACGCUCAUUCGACCCGUAUAAGCCGCGUAAGCUGAACAUUGAUUACAUCGACGACCAGGGUAUCAACGGCCUCUUCGAAGCAGUAGCAGAUGCCACCGAGGAGGCUAUUUACAAUGCGCUUUGUAUGGCGGAGACGAUGACGGGCAACAUGGGUCGCACUGUCGAGGCGCUGCCUCUAGACAAGGUCAAGGACAUCAUGGCGAAAUAUUCCGAGGCAGAUGCUUUUUUUAGUUAGUUUAGUGAGGGCAAGAGGUUGAGAGGGAAGCUCUUACACUGCAUUUAUUUCUCUUCUCUACAGAUAGUUAUUUUACAACCACUUCAAGUUCUUA